UGGUGAAAAAAAGAAGCUUGAGUAUCAAGAACAUGGUGAAAAGAUGUCUGGUAAUGAAGUUGAUGUGGCGAAUAAAGAAGGAAAUUGCGGAAAUAAUGAUGUUAAUGAAACAUAUAUUGUUGGACGUUGUUGUCUAAAUGGGAUGGGAAGCAGAAAGGAUAAACAUGAAGCGUUAAUUCAUCAUCAAAACUCUGCUGACACGAGUCAUUCUAAUAAAGGAUAUAAGGUUGGAUCUAAUCAUGAAAGUGGAAUUGAUCCUGGAAAUGAGGAAAAGAAAGAUGAGGAAACUGUUGAGGUUUAUGAUAAUAAUGUUGUGUAUAUCAAAGUUAAUGAUGAUGGGGGUAAAGCUGCAGAUGGUAGAGCAUAUGAACGGUGCUUGAAAGAUGUUGGGCGUGGUAAUGUGAAUGAACGAUGGAACCGUGGAUUCUGUCAUGAAUAUGAAAUUGAGGACAAAAUUGAUGAAUGUCAAGCGUUUAAGUGCAAUUUAAAAUCUGAUGAAGCGACCCAGGAUCAGUCAACCACGAAGCAAACGUUGAAUAGUAUGAUGCUGAUGAACCAUCAAAGUAAAGAUCUGGCAAGAGCAUGUGGAACAAACUGCUGA